GUAACGGCCAAGUCUGAAGAAGAAGAAGAAGAUGAUGAGCUUUACCAAGUUGAUAUGGUGUUUAAUGUUCCUGCUUCGAUUCGGGUUCUUCACGGAGGCGAUUCUGGACCCAGUUGAUUUCUUGGCUCUGCAAGCAAUUCGUAAAUCGCUCGAUGAUUUGCCAGGUUCCAAGUUCUUCGAGUCUUGGGAUUUCACUUCUGAUCCAUGCGGCUUCGCCGGCGUCUACUGCGACGGAGAUAAAGUGAUUUCUCUCAAUCUCGGCGAUCCCAGAGCCGGGUCACCCGGUUUAUCGGGUCGGAUCGACCCAGCUAUAGGCAAACUCUCUGCUCUCACGGAGCUCUCCAUUGUCCCCGGCAGAAUCAUGGGUGCUUUGCCGGCAACAAUCUCUCAGCUUAAAGACCUCCGCUUUCUCGCAAUCAGUCGGAAUUUCAUCUCCGGCGAGAUUCCGGCGAGUAUCGGCGAGGUUCGCGGACUUAGAACACUGGAUUUGAGUUACAAUCAGUUAACCGGAACUAUAUCUCCGUCAAUCGGAUCCUUACCGGAGCUCUCCAAUUUGAUUCUCUGCCACAAUCACUUAACCGGAUCAAUACCACCGUUUCUCUCACAAACCUUAACCCGAAUCGAUCUCAAACGCAACAGCCUCACCGGCUCAAUCUCUCCGGCGUCUCUCCCUCCGUCGCUACAAUACCUCUCACUCGCUUGGAAUCAGCUAACCGGACCGGUAGACCAUGUUUUACUCCGGUUAAACCAGCUUAACUACCUUGAUCUCAGCUUAAACCGGUUCACCGGUACAAUCCCCGGUCGAAUCUUCGCCUUCCCGAUCACAAACCUUCAAUUACAACGCAAUUUCUUCUACGGAUUGAUUCAGCCGGCAAAUCAAGUAACGAUCCCAACCGUCGAUCUCAGCUACAAUCGAUUCUCCGGCGGGAUAUCUCCGCUUCUCUCAAGCGUAGAGAAUCUCUACUUAAACAGCAAUCGUUUCACCGGCGAAGUUCCGGCUAGUUUCGUGGAGAGGUUGUUAUCGGCGAGUAUACAGACGCUGUAUCUGCAGCAUAACUUCUUGACGGGAAUACAGAUAAGCCCGGCGGCGGAAAUUCCGGUGAGCAGCUCGCUGUGUCUGCAGUAUAACUGUAUGGUGCCGCCGUUACAGACGCCGUGUCCGCUUAAGGCCGGCCCACAAAAGACUAGGCCCACUACACAAUGCAGCGAGUGGCGAGGGUAGUUUGGUAAAAUUACGUUUUCUUAUAUAAUACUAUGUUUUUUUUUUUUUUUUGGUUAUAUAGUUUUUGAGGAACACAGAGUGUUUCAACGUGUUAAAAAAACUUUUAAAGGAAAAAAACGAUUCGUUUAUUCGUUUGGUGAGAAUGAAGAUUAGAGUUUGGUGUGUAGAAGUGUCUUUGGAAUAAGGAUUAUAUUUAUGU